AGUCUGGUACAACAAUAGCAUCCUCAUCUAUCAAGAUUUCAACCGACAUUGUACAUAACCUACAUAUAAUGUGGACGUUCUCAAAAGCUGUGUGUAUAUAACCAAACUAAGUCCGUCUGGAUGCUGGUCUAGAUGAUGGGCGGACGCUGCAAGCUCCGCCCGUCCUCCGCGCAUCUCGUCCUCAUUCAAAACAGAGCACAGCUGUUGCGAGGCGCGUCGUUGUGUGCUGAGCGUUAGCCUGAAAACUGUAGUCUACUGUCUUCUGAUGAGCCCACUGGAAUAUCAGAAGAAGAAAGAGGAAAAACGGCGCACUUCGACAGCAGCAGGCUAACCUCACCUCCAGCACUAUGCGCAUCUGACACACGACUGUAAAUGACAGGCUGUGAAAGUGUACGUCCGUAUGGCCUGCUGGGACAAUAGCCGAACCUGUCAACACUUUCAUCGCCAUCUCAAGUUCAAUCAACUCAACUCAUUUUCUCGGGAGGGCCAGGCGGGCUUUGCUGCAGCUGAGGAUGAUGAAUGGUCUCCUGCGCUAGAGCUAGAUGGUGUGGGAAUGAUGGACCUCCCUAAUGGCCAAUCAAGCAUCACCACCACCGCUGCAACAGUCUCUGAGAGGAGCAGCAGCUCAGAGUCUCUCAGUGAUAAAGGUUCUUCAGAACUGAAGAAGAGCUUUGAUGCUGUUGUGUUUGAUGUGCUGAAGGUCACUCCUGAAGAAUAUGCAGGCCAGAUUACACUCAUGGAUGCUCCUGUGUUCAAAGCCAUCCAGCCAGAGGAGCUGUCAAGCUGUGGCUGGAACAAGAAGGAGAAGCACAGCUCUGCUCCAAAUGUUGUGGCCUUCACUCGCAGGUUCAACCAGACGAGUUUCUGGGUGGUUCGAGAGAUCCUCCAUGCGCAGACGUUGAAGAUCAGAGCCGAGGUUCUGAGUCUCUACAUCCGCACUGCCAAGAAACUGUGUGACAUGAACAACCUCCAUGCGGUCAUGGCUGUGGUAUCAGCAUUACAAAGCGCUCCCAUCUUCAGACUCACCAAAACAUGGGCGUUACUGAGUCGGAAGGACAAGGCGACGUUUGAUCGGCUCGACUUCCUGAUGUCCAAAGAAGAUAACUACAAACGUCUGAGAGACUUCAUAAGCAGCCAGAGCAUGGUCUCUUGUAUACCAUACCUAGGGAUGUACCUGUCUGACCUGACGUACAUAGACUCAGCCUACCCCUCCACGGGCAGCAUACUGGAGAACGAACAGAGAUCAAACCUGAUGAAUAACAUUCUCAGAAUCAUAUCGGACUUGCAGAGAUCCUGUACCUACGAUAUACCAGUGUUGCCUCAUGUACAGAAGUAUCUCAACUCAGUCAGGUAUAUUGAGGAGCUGCAGAAGUUCGUGGAGGACGACAACUACAAGUUGUCACAGAAGAUUGAGCCAGGCACCAGCACACCACGAGCAAAUGCCUCCAAAGAGGAUCUUGUCGGCCAGGAAGCGUCAGCAUCUCCUCUUUGUGGCCGUAAAUGUACGGUAGCAGCUGAAGGAGCCAAAGUCCCGGCUACGCCUCCCUCCCCCAGAAACCUGCUGCCCUACGGACACAGGAAGUGCCACAGCCUGGGAUACAAUUUUAUCCACAAGAUGAAUACAGUAGAGUUUAAAAGCGCUACGUUUCCCAACGCUGGUUCUCGCCAUCUGUUGGACGAUAGCGUGAUGGAGAGCCACAGUCCCACCAGAGGACAUGCAGAGAGCUCAACUUUGUCCAGUGGUAUUUCACUUGGGAGCAGUGAAGGCUCUGAGCUCAGUGAAGAGGUGUCUUGGCCGGCUUUUGAGAGGACUCGGUUCUAUCACUCUCUGGGCCCAGUGACCCGUGUGUCCCGCAUCCCCUACAGAGGAGUCCUGAGGCCCAGCAGUUCAGCCGAGUCAGAGGAGCUUGCAGUUCACUUGUAUCCCGGGGCAGUCACAGUCCAGGGGGUGUUGAGACGGAAGACUGUACUCAAGGAGGGCAAGAAACCAACAGUGGCAUCUUGGACCAAAUACUGGGUGGCUCUCUGCGGAACUCAGCUUUACUACUACCCUGCCAAGUCCCUGAAGGCCACUGAGAGAAAACAUUUCAAGUCAACGUCCAGUAAGAGCGUGUGUGUGGUGGGUCUGAUGGCCAUGAUGGCUGAUGAUCCGGAGCAUCCUGAUGUCUUCUUGUUGACUGACUCUGAGCAUGGUAACACCUACAAGUACCAAGCUGGGAACAGAAUGAACGCUUUGCUCUGGUUCAAACAUCUGAGUGCUGCCUGUCAGAGCAAUAGACAACAGGUGCCAGCCAAUCUGAUGUCAUUCGAGUGACUGAUACUGAGGAAGAUGCACGAGAUCGACAGAAGGAGAGAGGGAUGAGGAAACAGAUGAGGAGGAUGAGGAGGAGGAGGAGGAGUAUUGACUCAGUAGUGGGAGCUUUCACUGCCAUGAGCCCUGACCGCCGAUUCUCCGAUUCUAGCCCUGGCCUCACUGCAGCCUCACCUGCCACCACUGCCUUAACUAGAGUACCCUGUGUGUGUUUGUAUGUGUAUGUGUGUUUGGAUGGAUGGAUGGAUGGAUGUGUUGACUACUGAACAAGGACCUGCACCACUGCUCUUGUCUCCCAUUUGCUCUCUAUGUUUUUGUUUUUACUGCGAGUGUUUCAGCACUUCAGUGGAGCCAUUUGACUUCUCCUCUCCUCUCUCACACUGACUGUCCCUGGAUGGACAUAAAUAACCCUCUCUGUUGUUGUUUUUUUUGUUUGUUUGUUCGUUUUUUAAGGGGUUAACUAUUUUUAUUUGUGCCCCCGCCAUGCUCGAAUGCAAGAUUUCCGGCUUUUUUAAUCAGCUGGACCCACAAAGUCUUUCAAUCACAACACGCACACUCACAUCGGACUAACCCAUUGGACUUUGGAGGGUUUGAAACACACUUUUUUGUACUUAUACGGUUCACACUUUCAACACAGAUAUCGUUGGUCUCUUCAUUCACUUGAGUUGGCUUGGAGUCACGGGAUGAUUUACAUGAACCACGCACUCACACUCUCACACACACAGGCCUGUUUGAUUGCAUUGUUGUAAACAUAAGGGCUCUGAUUCGCAAUCGAUUCCAGCAGAAGCAAUUCCCACACUUCCUGAAUGUGUCCAGUUUUUAUUACAGAACUUAGUCCCCCCCCCCCCCUUUUUCUGUCAUAUACUCGCUAAGUGUUCUGUAUGUAUGUGUGCGUGUUUAUAUAAACUGCAUAGGGCGAGGGUGGGGGGGUGGGAGGGUGAGGUAUUUGCUUAAAUUACAGGAAUAUUGUCUGUGUUCCACAUAGGUACGAUAAUCCCAGAAUCUAAGCUAAGACGUGUUCACGGUUGGGUAGACAAAGAGUAUAUCGUUACUCCUUUUACAAACCUGUAUUUCUCCAGUGCUGGUUGCUCUCCGUUGGCUGCCAUCAGCUUAGAAAACUGAUGCUUGGUUCACCAGACUCACACACACACUAAACACUACAGACUUGAAACUGUGAAAGAGUCCGAAAGAGAAGGGAGAGCAAUGAGAAUACAAGAUUUUAUCUCCUCUUCUUCUUGUUGCUUAAUAUGGUCAGAGCCUCUGGUCUGGAGCAGACAUUCAAAGCUACCUGGAGCCAUACAGAGUCUAUUUUAAAUCUUGUUUGUUGAUAUUGUUUUGUGUUGUUAGUUGUUUUUUUGUUUUUUUUCCUUUUUUUUUUGGGAGGGAUGGUGCAGUUCACAGUAUUACCAUGUAGUAGAUGAUCGCACGUCACUGUAGUUUUGUCUGUUACAUUUGAAUGUUACAUUUUUGUUUUUCCUCCAGUUAUUUUGAAUAUUUUAUGUACAUGUGGAUUUUAUUUGACCCCUUAUUCUAUUAACCAGGAUCCAGCACAACCCAAUUUUAGGCCCUAUCCUAUUGUAUCUGAUUUGGAAUAGCAUAAGCACCUUGGUUAUGAUUAGUGCCAAGUGAUGUUACUGUCACAAUGAAGCGCAGGCUGAAUCAGAUGUAGGUACUGACGUGUUUCAGUGGGAUUUACAGUUUCCAGUGUGCAUCGCAGAUGUUUCGGUGUGCCAUGAAUUAGACGGUUGCUGUUUGUUUUUGUCGGGAGCAAAUGAACUAACAUGAUCAGGACUGUGGUGAUGACAAUGAUGGGGGCGCAUUUCGUCCGUAAUAUUCAUCAAAUUCUCUUUCUCCCUUUUUGAAACAGCUGUUUACAUUGUAUGUUUACAUAAUCUUUUUGCCCUACGUCACAAUCCCUUCACUCCUCCACAUGUACUGUAUCUACUUUAGGAAACAUAUGUGGGGUAUAUUAAGUUCAGAGUUACAGUUGUUCCAGGCUGUCGAUAAAGGGUGAUGGAAAGGGGAACAUAUCCAUAUACUCUCAGCGGUGGAUCCUCACUAAUGUGCUUCACAGACACAGUUGGUCACAGGCCUGAACCUCCACCCUGACAAUGUCGAGCCCCCACUCUCAGGCUUAUAUCUAGUCAAAGAUGCGGACUGUGCACUGUGCUGUCCUGCUGAAGGCAUCCAUCCACUGAUGCAUUAAAACUGUCCUCCACAUAAUAUGCAGAAAUGAAACUUUGUAAGUCAAUUUAGGUCAAACAUUACAAAUGUAGUCAAUUUAGUGCCCAUUAAGAGAUGUCCAGCUCUUUGUAUAUUACCUUUCCUAAAGGAGAGAUGGUAGUGGAUUAACCUGUGGAAGAAUGAAUGAGGAAGCCAAAGACAGGCAUAAUGCGGCAGUUACUCAAGUAUGCGUGUGCUCUGUGCAUACUUCUCUAUUUUUUUAAACAUUGUAAUUCAAGCCAGAUGGGCAAUCCCUUGAGGCUGCCGUCGCUGCUGAGCAGUGAGGUAACCGGCUACCUAAUCGUCUGUGUGGCUGACUGCCAGCUCGUGCUAUGACUCCACGCUGGCUUGUGAUGUAUUGGAUGCUGAAGUGUAAAAGAGAGGAGGACUCGUGAGCAGAUAGGAGGUAGAAAUUGCACUGUGUCCAUUAAGGGCUGGUGAAAAUGCAAAAUUGAAAGAGCUUUCUCUGCAAGGUAAAGCAGAGACUGUAUGAAAUGACAGAAUCCCAGAGCUGAAGCACUAAAGAGGCUGAUCAUUACUGGUGUUUGAAUACUGAUGGUUGGCAGCAGAUGAAAAGGACUGUGAAUGAAAUGGGUGAGACAGAGUUCGGUUGAGAGACUGUUUACCUGUGUGUAUCUACAGAUGCUGGUUGGUGUCUCUUCACUGGCGUAAUCAGACAAGUUUAACCUGCUGUCAGUUACAAUGUGGUAUAUCAACAAGAGAAUUAGCACCAUUUAAAGUUUAUGCAGUUAAAGAAUUGAUGCUGUCUCAGUAACCCCAGGAGUCAACAUCAUUUCCCCUCUUUCUGUUUACUUUAUUUGAUGUUAACCUAGAAAGAUAAAAAAAAAAAAAAAAAGAUAUGUAAUUGAUGUGUAUGUCUGAGUUCCCUGUUUUGUACUGAACCAGACUAGAGAGGUUGAUUUGAAUUUAUUUCGGUUUAUCAGUCUUUCUCUCAAUAAAUACCCAAAUUAUGUCAAGCGCUUUUUGUGAGGUUUCCCUCGCUGUAACCUGAGUUUACAUGUUUUUUUUUUUUAUUAUUAUUAUCAUUUCUGUACAGUGUAUGGUCAAGAUAAUGGAAACACAUGUUUCACUUUAGGAUGUUUUGUGGUCUCUUUAAUCAUUUUUUGGGGUUUUAAGGCCAAUCAUAACUAACGUAAUGACUCCGUGAUUGUUGGAGGAUACUGUUUUGGAAUGAAGGUGGAGAAUUCAAAUGUCUCCUCCUUUGGGAUCAUUUUUGGUCAUUAUGAAGAAACUUGAUGUCAUGCUUGAAAAUUCGUUCAUGUUAAUUCCUUUAAAUUGACCAUACUGUCUACAAAUGUACAAUUCGCCCUGUAUUAAGUGUUUUGAGUGAAUCUGCCGUUCCUUUUUUUUUUUUUUACAGUCAUGAAAAAUGUUGAAAUGAAUGUUUCCACCAGAGGAAGUGGAACCACUGUGAACCCUGCCUCCUGCGUGCUGGACAGGCAUCGUUCACUGUUUACCAAGGACAUCAACAACCUUAGUUCAGAUCAUUGAAGGUGGCGAGGGUGAUGUAUAAAUGACCUUUUAACCUUCACCCUUUACCUGGCUCUGUGUGUGUGUGUCUGUCUCUGUCUGCCCAUGUCAUGACUGUGGCGAGCGCCGUGACCUCACUGCUGAGUGAUGCGCUGCCUGGUGUGAAGACUGAGAACCAAUAAACACUCUGCCCUUUUUUACUCCA